AUGGCUAUCAAUCCCCUGACUGCAACGGCGGCGGAGCUCCAGGCCAAGUUGACGGACAAUUCCAUCACCAGUCAGCAUUUGGUGAAGAUCUAUUUGGACCAAAUAGCUCGCCAUAAUGGAUCUCUCAAGGCAGUCAUUGCAACCGUGCCAGAAAAGUUGCUUGAGAAGGCCGCUGCCGAACUCGACAACGAGCGUGCCUCUGGUACUGUCCGUGGACCACUUCACGGCAUUCCAUUUCUCGUGAAGGACAACAUCGCUACGAUUCCAGAACUAGGUGUCCCGACCACAUGUGACUCUGGCUGGUCUGCGGUGGGUGGUCAAACACAAUCUGCGUAUGUUCGAGGGGGUUUUCGCGAUGAUGACACGGGCGGGGGACACAGCAAUCCUGGUGGCUCCUCUUCAGGCUCCGCUGUUGCGGUUGCAGCAGGGUUUUGCCCCAUCUCGAUUGGCACAGAGACCACUGGCUCCCUCAUCAUGCCCGCCGACAGAUCAGCUUUGUAUACCAUCAAACCGACUGUCAAACUGAUUCCGCAAGACGGCAUUAUCCCAAUCUCCUUUGAAGCAGAUUCGGCAGGUCCAAUGACGAAAUCGGUUCUGGACCUUGCUAAUCUUCUUGAUAUCCUUGUCGAUCCCAGCAAGACUACUAUACCUGAAGGUGGAUACAAGAGUGCUGUCACUGGCUCAUGGGAUGGCAUCAGAGUCGGUUGGGUGGAACCAGAGACGUGGUUGUUUCCCCACGAGAUCGUGAAGUAUGAGAAGGACGUAACGGAUCAGAUGCUACGAGACUGGCGUUCAGCCUACAAACAACUCACGUCCUUAGCGGAAGUUGUGAAAACUGUCAAAAUAGUAUCCUUGGAAGAGGCAACUGCUGGGGGCGACAUGGAUAUUUGGAAUGCUUUUCAUCACAAAUUCAAACCACUUUUAGAGGAAUAUCUCGCUGGUAUUGAUGACUGCAAGAUUUGUACCCUUGAAGACCUCGUCAAAUUCAACGAAGAGCAUGCCGAGGAAGAGCUAUCAGCAGGCGCAAAUUACAACCAAGCAGGCCUCCUCAGAGCCUUAAACUACAACAUGACAGACGAUCAAUAUCACAAGAUAUUGCAGUAUGCGCGCAAAGCUUGCGGCCCGAGUGGUAUCGACAAAGCUCUUGAGGAGAAUGGCGUUGAUGUCAUAAUAGGUCCAGGAGAUGGUCCUCUGUUCAAUCUCGUUGGAGGUGCUGGUUACCCUGUUGCUUCGCUACCCCUAGGAUACUCGGAUUUCAAUGGUAGACCUUUCGGCUUACAAGUGUUUGCCAAAGCACACCAGGAAGCUCUUUUGGUUCGGGUGCAAAGUGCUUGGGAGGCCAACUUCCCGAAGCGUCAGCCACCUGACUUGAAGACCAUAAACCCCCUUCUUGUUUGA